AUGAAUCACUUGUUGGUUUCGCUGGACAGGACAAAGCGCUGCGCACCGCGACCGAACCCGUUACCGCCGAUGAAGGCUGAAGACAUGCCCGUUGUUCGGGCGGAACGAGCGGUGGAGCCGGGUCGGGCUCGAGACCCUCGGUGCCAGGACUACUGCAUUGAGUUGAAGCACGAGUGGACCGUGGGACACAAGACUUUGUGGUUACGUGUAAUGCCGAGUAAGGGUGAGUGCAAGGGAGUGAUGGUUUACGUCCAUGGCGGAGGCUUUGUAUUCGGCGCGAAGGACGAGGAAGAUAAGGCACUAGGACUAGUCAGUGUGGACGGCAGUUUAAUGGUAGUGUCAGUUGGGUACCGUUUGGCACCGGAGCACCCUCACCCUACUCAGCAGGAGGAUGUGACUAGUGCAUUGCAUUGGUUGUCGACGUUUGCUGGGAGGCAGUUUAUGGUGCAGCAUAACCGGAACCGCGACCCGGAAAGUCCGAAAGAAAUUCGCCUUGUGGUGGAUACCGAGCUCAAAGCUGAGAACCAAGAUCCCGAUACGCCCACGUGGGUCAACAAAGUUUUAAUCUCGGGAGAGUCGGCCGGCGCCUACUUAGCUGCUCAAUCUGUUGCCAAUCUCUAUUCCCGCUUCAAUAUUGCUGAUUUUAUCAAGGGGUCCUGUCUCAUGUACGGCUGCUACAACACAGACCGCUCGCCCUCUAGCUAUGACGUCCCUGACCACAUACCUCUCGCGCCAUACGACAUGGAACUCUUCCUAGAUCUCACCUUCACCAAAGAACAAAGAGCUUCCAGAGACCCCAGUAUCAACGCCCUAUACAACCCAUAUUUACGGGAAACCAUUGUUAACGGAACCAACAAGGUACUCAUCAUUGCUGGCACCAACGAUAUACUCUACGACGAUUCCGCAUUCUUCUUCAUGAAACUUGCCAAGUUCGUGCAAAAUGCAAAAAACGGCAUAGAUGGAAAGGAAGAAGAAGGUCCUGUUCCGGACGUAGAGUUCCGAGCUGUCCAUGGCGAAAGUCAUGCGUGCUUCGACAGAAGCGAGUCGUUUGCAAAAAUUGUGCAGCAAUGGAUCAAAAGAGCGAUUAGCUGUUAG